UGACAGUCGGACAUGUAAAGAAAAAGCAUGGCAGCACAAGGCGAAAAGAAACCAGUUUUGGAGAUGGUCCAGGCUGAUGGAGCCGAUGAGGGCUGUGUGACGUUUGUGCUGCAUGAUGAAGACCAUACACUGGGAAAUUCUCUGAGAUACAUGAUCAUGAAGAAUGCGGAUGUGGAGUUUUGUGGCUACACCAUCACCCAUCCAUCCGAGAGCAAGAUCAACUUUCGCAUACAGACAAGAGGUGGUGCACCAGCCACAGAGCCUCUGCGGAGGGGUCUGAAUGAGCUCAGCGAUGUUUGUCAGCAUGUUCUCAACACGUUUCAGGCUAGAGUUAAUGAGUUCAAAGACGGGCAGGAGCAGCCCAUGGACUGAAGAGCGUCAUAUAUGUGAAUACAUGAAGACGUCAGACUCACAGUAUCUACAAACCAAGUGUAUAAAAAGUAGUAUCUUGAUAUUUUUAUUUUUAUGUCCACUUCUUGCAUGUAUGGAAAGUUCCUUACUUCACAUUCAAACAUUUGUACAGUUUUCAUUUUUGUAUUAUGAUCCAAUUGGUGUUUAAUGUAUGAUACAUUUUUAUUGCAGUCUUGUGUCCAUCAUUCUUGAAUUGUUGAAAUAAGCAUAACAUGUUUAAGAUAUUAAA